AUGGGCAACCAGCACAAGCGCCGCUGGGCGUGUGGGCUGGCGGAAAUUUUGCGAGCGUUGGGCGACACGGCGUUUCCUGUCUCUGGUAUGCCUGUGCCUGUAGGGUCCCGUCCCGAUGGCCCCCAUCCCUCCCCCCGUUGUCCCCCGUUGGUGGUCGACGCGGCCAAAGAGAAGGUGCUAAUAACCGCUACCAAAGCAAGCAAGGCUACAAGCCGCACAACCCCAGGGGCGAAAUGA